GCGUUAAGCCACGCCCCCGGCCUGCAGCACCUGAGGGCGCAGCUCAACCCUCCGCUCCUCCGUCUCCAUCACUUCAGCACUGACGGGAGGUGACGAUGCAUCGAGGCCCGCUACACCUGCGCCACCUUUUACUGUGGUUGCUUUUUGCACAAAGCCGUGCAGAGUUGCCCAUGUGCAAAGAGUCAGAUUAUCACUUUGAGUACACAGAGUGUGAUGCACUCGGGUCACGAUGGAGAGUGGCAGUUCCCAACAAAGCCGACAUAUGCACAGGCCUCCCAGAUCCAGCUGAAGGCACUCAGUGCACCUUCUCUUGUAGUGAAGGGGAGUUCCUCGACAUGCAGUCGCAGCAAUGCCAGAAGUGUGCGCUAGGUACCUACUCUCUGGGCACCGGUGUGGCCUUUGAGGAGUGGGACAGCAUGCCUCCUGGUUUUGUCACCCAUGGAGUGACCACGAACGGCGGGGAUGCCCUCACAGACUGCUCCAACUCAACCUGGACACCAAUGGGUGAUUACAUGACAUCAAACACAGAUGAGUGCACUGCAACGCUGUCCUAUGCUGUGAGCCUGAAGCAGCCUGGGACUGUGUCCUUUGAAUAUUUAUACCCUGACAACAGCCUUUACUUUGAGUUCUUUAUUCAGAAUGACCAGUGUCAGUCUACGGACUCAAAGAGCCGGUGGAUGAAGACCUCUGAGAGAAACUUCAACAAAUACAAGACUGAGCUUAACAGCGGCAACAAUGUGCUGUACUGGAGGACCGCUGCGUAUACUCUGCAGGGCAGUGCUGUCAAACCUGUGCUGUUAAGAAACAUUGCCAUCUCAGGGGUGGCCUACACAUCAGAGUGUUUCCACUGUAAACCUGGCACCCAUAGUGCACAAGAGGGAUCUGCCCGCUGCCUCCCCUGCCCUGCUCAAACCUACUCUUACAAGGGUGCUGCCAUUUGCCACAAGUGUGAGCAAGGCACAUAUGCAGAGACUGGUUCAGGGAGCUGCAAACCGAGACCUGCAUGUACAAACAGUGAUUACUUCUACACUCACACUCCCUGUGACUCUGAAGGAAAGACUCAGCUUAUGUAUAAGUGGAUUGAACCAAAGAUCUGCAAUGAAACUGUUAAAGGAGCCGUGACGCUGCCCGCAUCAGGGGAGAAGCAAACCUGCCCCCCAUGUAACCCGGGUUUCUUUGUCACCAACUCUUCUUCCUGUGAAGCUUGCGAUGAAGGUUUCUACUCCAACGGAACAGCCUGUAGCAAGUGCCCUGUUGGCACUGAGCCCGUGGUGGGUUAUGAAUACAAAUGGUGGAACACAAUGCCGAGCAACGUGAAGAGCUCCAUCUUCCGUCAAGAGUUCGGCGACUCUGAACACAACACGGCAUGGGAGGUGGCUGGAGAGUACGUCUACACCACCCCUGGGGAUCAGGACACAGACUACCUGAUGCUUAUACUCAGUGUCCCUGGAUACAGGCUGCCUCAGUCCAUGGUCGAAGACAGUGAGAGGAGCGGGCUUUCUCGCAUCACGUUUGUCUUUGAGACCACGUGCACUGCUGACUGCAAGUUUUACUUCCUGGCGCAGGGGUAUAACCAGUGGAUCAAUGAUGUGGUGGAGCAGUGGAAAGGCAGCAACAGUAAACAGUCAUACUCCUACCUGAUCCAGAGAAACAGCACCGCCAGCUUCACCUGGGCUUUCCAACGAUCAGAGGAAGCUAACACAGAGAGAAAAUACAGCGCUGAUGCUGCAAAGAUCUUCUCCAUCCACAUCACCAAUGUUAUUGGAGGUGUGGCCUCUCAGUGUCGCCACUGUGCCCUGAGCUCCCCUAAGGCUGGCUCCGCCUGUGUUCCCUGCCCACUGGGUCACUACAUGGUCAACGGGACUGGAGUCUGUAAGAGCUGCCCACCGAACACCUUCAUCAGGGCCGAUCAGCCUGUGGGAGAGGCUGCUUGUGUUGAGUGUGGCCCAAACACACAGAGAAACCAGGCCCACACAGCUUGCCUCAGCGACUGUGCGUUGGAUGUGCAGACAAGACGAGGCGUGCCGCUGCACUAUAACUUCUCUCCUUUGUCCAACGCCACCAACUUCCACAGCAGCCCCAGUUUCACCAGCAAAGGCCUGAGAUAUUUCCAUCGCUUUAAUGUGGGUCUGUGUGGAAAAGAGGGCAGAGUACCGGCUACCUGUGUGGAAAAUGUCACUGAGAGUGGGAGAGAGAUCAAAGGUUACAUCUGUCAGUCCACUGUGGUUCCCUCUGACAUCAGGAGUCAGAGCAUGGUGUCCACCCAGCCUUUCAUCAUUGGUGACACACUCAUUGGUGUGACCACCGACACGAGCCUCAACAGCAUCUCAUCUCCAACAUGGCUGUUUCCCUCUGUGCCCAACCCGCCAGAUGUCAUCUUCUAUUACAAGUCCAGUGAGACGACUCAGGCUUGUAAACACGGCCGGUCAGCCACCAUCAGACUGAGAUGCAGCCCCUCAGUGACCGAUAAAGACCAUAUCACGAUGCCAAGCAACUGUUCAGAAGGGACGUGUGAUGGUUGUACUUUCCACUUUCUGUGGCAGAGCCAGCAUGCAUGUCCAGUCUGCACCAAAAACAACUACAGAGAGAUUGUCAGUGCUUGCAUCCAGGGAAUACAGAAAACCACCUAUAUGUGGCAGCAGCCAUUGCAGUGUUACGGAGGAGAGUCACUUCCAGCACAAAAGGUCAGCGCUUGUGUCAGUCUGGAUUUCUGGCUCAAGUUUGGUGUUUCCAUGGGAACGAUUGGUGCUGUGCUGCUCAUCUCUAUCAGCUGCUAUUUCUGGAAAAAGACACGCAAGUUGCAGUAUAAGUACUCCAAGCUGAUGGUAAGCUCUGGGGGUAAGGAGUUUGAGCUGCCCUCUGCAGACAGCUGUGCAAUAAUGGAGGGAGAGGACGCAGAGGACGACAUCAUGGACCUCACCAAGAAAUCCUUCUUCACCAAAAUGAGGUCCUUCUCCCGAGAGAGGACAUCAGAUGGAUUUGACUCAGUUCCACUAAAAUCUUCAUCUUUAUGCCAUCAAAGAGAGGAGGAAGACUCUGAUUAUGAUUAAUUCAGAAGAUGAACAGAUGCUUCUACCAGAGUGCAAACACACACACAGCUCCAGACCCAGAAAACAGACAUGGGCGGUUAAAUGCAUUAUUAUUACAAAAGAUACAGGCUUACCGUGAGAGUUUUAAAAUAAUAAUGUUAAGAUCAUCCAUUUUUUAUUAUUAUUUGUCAUAUGUUAGUUUGCAAGACCUGUAAUAGAAAGUCUCCAUAUUGGGGAUAUUCUGUAUUUUCAAAGCCCAUUGUGUAUUUAAAAAUUAUAUGAUAACCAAACUGUUUAUUAAGUUACAAUUGUUGUAGAUGUCUACAGGACUGUCUCAGAAAAUUAGAAUAUUGUGAUGAAGUUCUUUAUUUUCUGUAAUGCAAUUCAAAAGACAAAAAAGUCAUGCAUUCUGGAUUCAUUACAAAUCAACUGAAAUAUUGCAAGCCUUUUAUUCUUUUAAUAUUGCUGAUUAUGGCUUACAGCUUAAGAAAACUAAAAUAUCCUAUCUCUAAAUAUUAGAAUAUCAUGAAAAAGUAUACUAGUAGGGUAUUAAACAAAUCACUUGAAUUGUCUAAUUAACUCGAAACACCUGCAAGGGUUUCCUGAGCCUUGACAAACACUCAGCUGUUAUCAAUCUUUUUUUUAACUUGGUCUGAGGAAAUAUUAAAAUUUUAUGAUAGGAUUUUAGAGUUUUCUUAAGCUGUAAGCCAUAAUCAGCAAUAUUAAAAAAAAUAAAAGGCUUGCAAUAUUUCAGUUGAUUUGUAAUGAAUCCAGAAUGCAUGACAUUUUUGUUUUUUUAAUUGCAUUACAGAAAAUAAAGAACUUUAUCACAAUAUUCUAAUUUUCUGAGACAGUCCUGUACAUUUAACAUAACUGUGAAUGUAUAUUUUAUUUGUUUUCUACUUUCUUUUGUUAUGUUUAUUCGUCUAUACUGUUUAUUUUGUAUCAGACCAGCCAUCCAGUUCAGUCUUAAAAUGUUCUUUGGCAAUAUUGUAUGUAUUAUAUUUGCUAACACCUUUGAUAACCUGCUGCACGUAAGCGUAUUAUACGAUCUUGCUUUAUCGUGAAAUAAAGACAUUUUCUUCAAUAAAAAACAACAAAUGUGCAUUUCUAUAAAUGAAGUGAAACCUCGAAUACUGCCUUCAGGUGCUCUUCCUAGAAGCAUAUUAUCACUUCACAUUGCAUAUAUUAUAUAAUACUUGAAUGUAACUUCUUCAAAUGUGUGUAUGUGUUUUAUGUGCCUUAUAGAUAAAAUGUUUUGUGCUUGAAAAAUACAAGCAUUGCAUUUUAAAUCACUGCAUAUGUUAUAGAUGUUUUUAAUAUUUUACUGCUGAUUGUUAAAUCUAUAUGUCAUGAAACCCAAGUCAAAAAUAUGCAUGUAUCAAAAUGUUUCUCUUUUCUGUGAUUUCACAAGGAAGAAUAAAGUAUUUUACCCC